GAAGCGCAGGGAGGUCGCAGGAGCUGGCUGAGCAGGGCAGCCCAGACUCUCCUGGGCAGGAGUCUGAGCUGGGGCAUCCCGCAGCAGGACGCCGGCUUUCUGGGACAGGAGCCAAAGGCCUGGGAAUGAGGCAGGUCGGACCCCAGGAAAAGUGCUGGCUGCCGUAGAGGUGAAGCCCGAGCUCUACGGAAGACGGGAACGUUUGUACACCUCACGGGUCCUGUAGUACGGGUUCCGAAACUCCGAAGCUCCCUUUGCAAGCAGCUUGGGCACUUCCGGUAGUAGCCGGAAGUUAUUUUUGUACUCGAUGGAGGCUCUCUAGGCGUGCGGGCCCGCGACUCUAUAGCCGGAAGUCAUCCGGGCUGAGGCUACCGCCGCCGAUCCAGACAGUAGUCAUCUCCAAGUUGGCAGCUAGGAUGGCUGAGCGUGCGGCGUUGGAGGAGCUAGUGAGACUUCAGGGAGAGCGCGUGCGGGGCCUCAAGCAGCAGAAGGCUAGCGCCGAGCAGAUCGAGGAGGAGGUGUCAAAACUCCUGAAACUGAAAGCACAGCUGGGCCCUGAUGAAAGCAAACAGAAGUUUGUGCUCAAAACCCCCAAGGGCACAAGAGACUACAGUCCCCGGCAGAUGGCAGUUCGGGAGAAAGUGUUUGAUGUAAUCAUCCGCUGCUUCAAGCGCCAUGGUGCAGAAGUAAUUGAUACACCUGUGUUUGAACUAAAGGAAACACUAACUGGAAAAUAUGGUGAAGACUCUAAGCUUAUCUAUGAUCUGAAGGACCAGGGUGGGGAGCUGCUGUCCCUUCGCUAUGACCUCACUGUUCCUUUUGCUCGGUAUUUGGCAAUGAAUAAACUCACCAACAUUAAACGUUACCACAUAGCAAAGGUGUAUCGACGGGAUAACCCAGCCAUGACCCGAGGCCGAUACCGGGAAUUCUACCAGUGUGAUUUUGACAUUGCUGGGCAAUUUGACCCCAUGAUCCCUGACGCAGAGUGCCUGAAGAUCAUGUGCGAGAUUCUGAGUUCACUUCAGAUAGGCGACUUCCUGGUCAAGGUAAAUGAUCGGCGCAUCCUAGACGGGAUGUUUGCCAUCUGUGGUGUUCCUGACAGCAAGUUCCGUACCAUCUGCUCCUCAGUGGACAAGCUGGACAAGGUGUCCUGGGAUGAAGUGAAGAAUGAGAUGGUGGGAGAGAAGGGCCUUGCACCUGAGGUGGCUGACCGCAUUGGGGACUACGUCCAGCAGCAUGGUGGGGUGUCACUGGUGGAGCAGCUGCUCCAGGAUCCUAAACUAUCCCAAAACAAGCAGGCCUUGGAGGGCCUGAGAGACCUGAAGCUGCUGUUUGAGUACUUGACCUUGUUUGGCAUUGAUGACAAGAUCUCCUUUGACCUGAGCCUUGCUCGAGGGCUGGACUACUAUACUGGAGUGAUCUAUGAGGCAGUGCUGCUACAGACCCCAGCCCAGGCAGGGGAAGAGCCCCUGGGUGUGGGCAGUGUGGCUGCUGGAGGGCGCUAUGAUGGGCUAGUGGGCAUGUUCGAUCCCAAAGGGCGCAAGGUGCCAUGCGUGGGGCUCAGCAUUGGAGUGGAGCGGAUCUUCUCCAUUGUGGAGCAAAGACUAGAGGCUUUGGAGGAGAAGGUACGGACCACAGAGACACAGGUGCUUGUGGCAUCUGCACAAAAGAAGCUGCUGGAGGAGAGACUGAAGCUUGUCUCAGAACUGUGGGAUGCUGGGAUCAAGGCCGAACUGAUCUACAAGAAGAACCCAAAGCUACUGAACCAGCUGCAGUACUGCGAGGAGGCAGGCAUCCCACUGGUGGCCAUCAUCGGCGAGCAGGAGCUCAAGGAUGGGGUCAUCAAGCUCCGUUCAGUGGCUAGCAGGGAAGAGGUGGAUGUCCGAAGAGAAGACCUUGUGGAGGAAAUCAAAAGGAGAACAAGCCAGUCCCUCUGCAUCUGCUGAACUGAGCAAACUAUCAGAGGGAAGAAAGUGGGACUGGCACUAGAGGCAAAGACAAAACUGUGUAUGUGCUUCAACAAGCUUUGCACUUUUCUGUUUCAGCAGGAAGACCUACCUGAACAGUAGUCAGAACAGACUUUUAAAUUUUUAUUAUGAUUAUUUUAUUGGUAAUUACUGGCAAAAAUGGCCAGGUACUAGUCCAUUUUCCAUGGAAGGCCCUGGGGGCUUAGUCCAGACUGCUUCCGGGCUAAAGGGACCCGGCCUGAGAUGGGCUGAUCUGCUGGGCCCCACACCAGAUAGAGCGGAUGCCUCCCCACAACCAGUUGCCAAAGGUCCAAUAAAACGCCUAAACCACCGG